AUGGUGCAGUCUGAAGUACAGGCGAUCACAACCCGCGUCCAGACCACAGAAACCGAUAUCACCGACCUACAACGUAACAUUGCGGUGGUGGGAGACUCGGUCAGACAGCUGCAGGCACACCAAUCCACCCUGACACUGAGUGGGCGCCCUAGACUAGAGAAUCAGUCAGAAAAAUCUGAAGAUAACGGGGUCUCUGACACAGUGGUGGAAGAUCUACCCCGCUUCAUUAAGAGACUAGUGAAUACACUACUCCAAGCAAAGCAAGCCAAGCAAUUCACAAUUGAAUCCCCACUGGACUUCGAGUCUCGUACGAUAUCAAUCUUCCAAGAUCUGCAUCGCUCUACCUUGCUAUGGAGGAAAACGAUGAACCCAUCACACAAUGACUUCAAGAAGCCAGAAUACCAUAUAAAUGGACUACUCCUAGAGCCCUUCUGGUCACCAAAGACUGAAAACAAGUCAAGGCCACCACCUUCUUGA